AUGGCCCAACUCGAUCGGUCGAUGAAGGCUCGCCACUUGAACAUGAUUGCUAUCGGUGGCUCGAUCGGUGCUGGUUUCUUCGUCGGCUCAGGAAGUGCCCUGACAAAAGGUGGCCCUGCUUCGGUGCUCAUCUGCUUUUUGAUCUCUGGUGUGAUGAUUUUCAACGUCGUCUAUGCGCUUGGCGAACUCGCCGUCAUGUACCCGGUCUCUGGUGGUUUCUACACUUAUUCUAUCCGCUUCAUCGACCCUUCUUGGGGCUUUGCCAUGGGCUGGAACUAUGUCCUUCAAUGGCUGAUAGUAUUGCCGCUUGAAUUAACCGUCUGCUCCUUCACUGUACAGUAUUGGAACAAAGACAUAAGUGUCGCGGUUUGGAUCACCAUCUUCUGGGUCUUCAUCAUCUUAAUCAACGUGUUUGGCACUCUCGGUUAUGCAGAAGAGGAGUUCGUUUCCUCUCUAUUCAAGCUUCUGGCAACCAUCAUCUUCAUGGUCGUGGCUGUCAUCCUCAUCUGCGGUGGUGGCCCUUCAAGCGGCAUUUAUGACGAAUACUGGGGCGCGCGCCUUUGGUACGACCCCGGCGCAUUCCAGAAUGGCUUCCGUGGCUUCUGCUCCGUGUUCGUCACAGCCGCCUUUGCUUUCGCAGGCACCGAGCUUGUCGGUCUAGCUGCCGCCGAAUCCAACAACCCCAGCAAGGCCCUUCCCAGUGCCAUCAAACAGGUCUUCUGGCGUAUCACUGUCUUCUACAUCCUCGGUCUGACCUUCGUCGGUCUCCUCGUCAGCUCUACCGAUGACAGGCUGCUGAACUCCUCAAACCCAUAUGCUGAUGGUGUCUCGCCUUUCGUCCUCGCCCCUCUCGAUGCUGGUCUGCAUGGCUAUGACAGUUUCAUGAACGUCGUCAUUCUUGUAUCCGUUGUAUCCAUUGGCGUGUCAUGCGUUUAUGGCGGCUCCCGAACUCUGACUGCGCUUGCCCAGCAAGGAUACGCCCCACGGAUCUUUGCCUACAUUGACCGAUCUGGCCGACCUCUACCGUCGGUGAUCAUCAACUUGGCCUUCGGUGCUCUAGCCUAUGUUAUUUUGGCGUCCACUGGCGGUAUUGUCUUUGACUGGCUUCUUGCCUUGUCUGGUCUUGCUGCUCUGUUCACCUGGGGUUCCAUUUUGGUGGCUCACAUUCGAUUCCGACAGGCAUGGAAGCACCAGGGCCGCUCGCUCGACGAGAUCCCAUUCCAAGCCAUCUUCGGUGUCACUGGAUCAUACGUCGGUCUCUUCCUCAUCUUCAUUGCACUGGCAGCGCAGUUCUUCGUGGCCAUUGCUCCUCCAUUCACGAGCGACCUGAACGACGCCGAGGGCUUCUUCAAGGCCUAUCUCGCCCUACCUGUCGUCCUCUUCUUCUGGGCCGUCGGCUACAUCUGGAAGCGACAGGGCUUCGUCCGCAUCGACCAGAUCGACCUCGACACCGGCCGUCGUGAGCAUGACUGGGAUACGAUCAAUGCCUACAGACGCCAAGUCGCCAGCUGGCCUGCAUGGAGACGCGCUCUCGCUGCCGUCUGGUAG